AUGGCUUCUAACCACUUCGACUCUCAGGCUUCCACCAACUACAAGGAGGCGUUUUCGCUGUUCGACAAGCGCGGUAACGGCCGCGUUGCGCUCGACAGCCUCGGCGACCUGCUGCGUGCCUGCGGACAGAACCCGACCCUGACGGAGAUCCGCGACCUGGAGAAGAACGUGGGAGGCGACUUCGAUUUCGAGACGUUUCAGCGCAUUCUCAACAGGCCAGGUGGCUUCCGCGACCCCGGUGAGCCCGAGGAGUACUGCCGCGGUUUCCAGGUGUUCGACAAGGACAUGACGGGCUUCAUUGGCGUCGGACAGCUCAAGUACAUCCUGACAAACCUUGGCGAGAAGAUGACGGAUGAGGAGGUUGAUGAGCUGCUCAAGUCGGUCGACACCAGCUCGGGACAGGUCAACUACACCGAGCUUGUUCGGACCAUCCUGGCCAACUAG